AGAGUAAAGUGCCUCUGCAGCGCUGAGAGAGCAGGGGAUAGGGACUCUGUCUGGGUCUGCUUUGAGAGACACACCUCACCUUCAUCUGUUUGUCUUUUGUAAAAAGGGAAAGGAAGACUUAAAGACACCUUUUAAAGAUAAACAGAUACUCCUAAAGCAUCCUGGUGGGACUGGAUCAAAGCGGGGUAGGUGGAUGUAUCAGAGAGAAGAGGAGAGGAGAGGGUUUCUGAUCUGAGGCUCUUUGGAAAUGACUCAAACAGCGGAUGGUAAUGAAGGAGGACGUUGAUAUAGGAGGAUGAAUAAUUUGCUUUCAUCUGAUUGAUUUUAUUUGUUCGGGGUCAUUCACAUCUGAGCCCAUAAAGCCCACCGCGUUUCAGAUAAACUAAUUGAUAAAUCUAUUCACCAGAGCAGGAGAUCUUAAUUUAAAGUUAAUUCCGGCCUGAAAGGGUAGUUAUAAAAGCUUGAUUUCCAUUAAGGAAUGUGGAAGCGCUGCGUCUUGUAAUAAGCUUUCAGUCUGUUCUGCACUCUUUGAUUUUUUGUGACAUUCCUUGAUAUAGCCGAGAGUGGAUCAUGGCCAUCAACACCGACACCGACUUCCAGAAGUCCGGCCUGGGCGGUGAGAGUGGAGGGGGUGCCCCGGCCGCGGAUUUCCAGGAGACGGAGAAACUCCUGACGGUAACCACCGAGCCCGGGGGGAAUGGGAUGAAAAUGUCCACCUCCUUCACCGUCAACGUGACCGGCGACAAGGCCACGGAGGCCGAUCAAAACGGCCACAGCGCCGGUAUGAGAUCGGGCUCCGUCGGGCAGCUGUCCGCCGCCGCCCACCUCUCCCCCUCUAAGGCCAGCCUGAGCCGCUCCUCCACUGGGAACGCCACCGUCCCGGAGACCCCGAGGCCCAAGGAUUACCUCAUCCUGGUCAUCCUCUCCUGCUUCUGCCCCAUUUGGCCCGUCAGUAUUGUUGCAUUGGUGUAUUCCGUUAUGUCCAGAAACAGCCUUCAGAACGGGGAUAUAGAUGGGGCCAGGAGGCUGGGUCGACUGGCUCGUCUGCUGAGUAUCGUCUCCAUUUUCCUGGGACUGCUGAUCAUCGUCGUCUGCAUCUCAGUUCACAUCUCAUCUUUAAAGUAACAACCUGGAGGAGCUUCAAGAAUCUAAAAAUGUUACGUCAAAGCCAACAAAAAAGGGACAGCUCAAACAAAGAUGGAGUACAAUUCCCUACUUUAUGCCAUGAAGUCACAGCAUCAAGAUUAACUUCAGACAGCAAAAAAUGUAGGCAAGUCAUGAAUGGCUGUCUUGCAACAAAUACACACAAGUAUAUAUCACUGAAAGAUGCAUGCAUUAGAACCCAGUAACAUUUGCCUGACAAAAUAUCCUGAUAUGGAACUGUUCAAGUAAAAAAAGAGGAAGGAGUGAAUGCAGAUUGGUGUGAUUAUUAAAGGAGGCUCCAUGUUGUUUUCUCCCUUUUUGGACAAUGGACCGUUGGACAUGAAGAGGGUGGUUUUUAUAUGUAAGGGAUGAAUGAUGAAGUUUUUUAUGUCUGUGACGAGGUUCCUUUAAAAAAUAGUCUUCGAACAUGGGAUGGCUCAUUUAAUCUUCAUAUAUCCUAAAUGAACAUCUUGCAUUCGAAGCAUAUACAGGAAAAAAAUAUAUUUGAGAUAUGGGAAUCUAUACAUGAAUAGAUAGCUGGGUUUGCCGAGAUUGUCUUGAUGGCUGCUUCGUCAGCAACUGGAAGAAAAAUGUGUUGUAAUUCAAGGGUUUGUGAAAGAAAAACAGUUUUCUUUUGUAUCAUUUUGUUUUUCAAUUUAAGAAGAAAAUGAGACCAACUGCAUGCCCAAAUGUAGAUAACCCAAUACUCUGCCUUCUUUUAGACUGUUAUUGUUUGUUUCUCAUCCUAAAGAGACUAACAGUUAUUUGUGUUCUCAUGGACAGUUAAAAGCACGAUUACCAUUUUUAAUUCAAGCCUUUAUUACAAACACCCCCCAUCCCCAGUUUCAUCUAUCCUGUCAUCCUUGCAGACACUUUUUUACAUUUACAAACUUUCUACACAUUUUACAUUUCUAUAUUUUGACUGUUAAAAUAUGUUAUUUUACUGAAUGUUUCUUUUUCCCCUUGUAUAGGUACAUAAUGUAUUUAUAUGGAAAAAUAUAUAUGCAAUAUCUUCGCAUGUAAUAGGCCUUGACACUUACUUAUUUUUGUAAAAGAGCAAGUCUGCAAGUUUGCGUAAAAACAACUAGCAUUUUAAAAGUUUAGAUACAUGUAGAUGUUGUAUUGACAAAUGAAAAGGCUUAUGCUCCAAAGCUCGGAUAAAAAUCAGCGAAUCGUGAUGCAAUAUUCAAAAGAGUUGUUUUUCUGUGGCCAUUAAAGUGCAUUUUGUACCCAGUUAAAACUACAAUGCAUUUCACUGUAUGCCAUUUGUUGAGUUCUAAUGGUCAUUUAAGGGCUUUUUAAAACUGAAACAAUGCAGCUAAUGUAAUCCAAAGUCCUUAAGUGAACAUCAACAAUGUAUGGUUGUACAGUUGCAAAUUGAUGCUGUUUUCUGAAUCAUAGCUGUGCAGAAAGUAAAAACUCCAUCUGAACAUCCAAAAGCAGCAAAACUCCAAAGAUUCCCCAUGUUUCCUCACCGUGGCUCAAGCUUCAUUUGGAUUUUCUCCAUCAGUGGUGCUGGUGUGUAGGAGCCAGCUGUUCACUUUACACCUCUGUAUUAUUACUGGAUUUUGUUUUCUAUCAUACUGUAUGUGACCGCUCUCAUCUCUGUGGUGUACUUUUUGCAUGUGAGUAAUAAAUGUUACCAUGCAUGGUC